CUUCGCCGCUAUUCAGGGUGCCGGGCCCCGGGUCGCGGCGGCGUGCGCGUGCGUGCGUGCGUGCGUGGGCGCGCGUGCGCGGCGCCGUAGUCUGUGGGUUGGCUGGUUAUUUUGCAAGCGGGAGGGGCUGUGCGCGCUCCUGCCUUCGGCCUCUGUCCCCCAUCCCCCCUUCCCCGGUCCCGGUCUCUCCUUCGGAAAGAUGUCGGACACGGCAGUAGCUGACACUCGGCGCCUUAACUCGAAGCCGCAGGACCUGACUGACGCUUACGGGCCGCCAAGUAACUUCCUGGAGAUCGACAUCUUUAACCCACAGACGGUGGGCGUGGGCCGCGCGCGCUUCACCACCUAUGAGGUUCGCAUGCGGACAAACCUACCUAUCUUCAAGCUGAAGGAGUCCUGUGUACGACGGCGCUACAGUGACUUCGAGUGGCUAAAAAAUGAGCUGGAGCGAGAUAGUAAGAUUGUAGUACCACCACUGCCUGGGAAAGCCUUGAAGCGGCAGCUCCCUUUUCGAGGAGACGAAGGGAUCUUUGAGGAGUCCUUUAUUGAAGAAAGGAGGCAGGGCCUCGAACAGUUUAUUAACAAAAUUGCUGGGCAUCCACUGGCUCAGAACGAACGCUGCCUACACAUGUUCCUGCAGGAGGAGGCAAUUGACAGGAACUACGUCCCUGGGAAGGUGCGCCAGUAGGAGCCCCUCUCACCACUUGCCCUCUACUUUCCUGCUGAAAUGACAUUGGUUUUUACACUAAGCCUCUCUCUCUCUCUUUGAUCUGAAGUUGGCUCUCCAUCCCCUGGCCCAAUAGACUGUCUGGCAUUGUGUUCCUUGGUACCUGACUAUACCAUGGGCACUCUGCUAGGAUCCUCUCCUCUGAGGAGAGGUGGGAAACCACAGGCAGAUGCCCUUUGCUUGUG